UACCUUGGCAGCACGACUGCAAUAAAAAAAAGCAUCUCCUCUGAUUUGAAAGGGAGCACCUGAGCAAGAGCAAGAGCACUUGAGACGUAUCAACAUUGCUCUCAGCAAAAGCACAGAGAUGGUCCGAGAGAUCAACUACGAGAAUGCUGUGGGCUUUAAAGCUGAUGACACCGCUCCUGCCCCAUCUCACAAGAGAACCAUCUCCGUCAUGGCCUUCCUGCUGCUUCUGAUUCUCCUGCUGGCCAUCUUGCUUACUGCGGUGGCCAUUCUGUAUUUCCAGAGACAAAGGACCGUCCUGGAACUCGAAGGAGUGGUCAAAAAGAUCAGAAAGACCCUGCAGCUCAGCAACAUCUCUUAUGCAUCAGAGAAAGCAUCUGAAAAUGUUCAGUUCUUGGAAAACAUCCAUGGGUCUUUCUCCAAGAUCCAGACGCGCCUGGAGAAUAUCAGUGUGUCACGGACAGCUUUCGAGAAGCGUUACAGGAACGUUCUGGGAUUGCUCUCUACCGGCUGGACGUUUUAUGAUGGGAGCUUCUACUUCCUUUUCCAAGAGGCGAAGUCCUGGCACGAGGCUGAGCAGGCCUGUGAGUCACACGGGGCACACCUGACCUCUGUCACGUCACGGAAAGAGAUGGAUUAUCUCUUCCGGGAGGCCAGAGGGCAGUUCUUUUGGAUUGGACUCACGGACCAAAGGGAAGAAGGCACCUGGUCUUGGGUGGAUGGCGAAAAAUACAAGGACCUUGGUUUCUGGGGACGAGGGCAACCUGACAACUGGCAUGGCGCACCAGGGCACCACGAAGAUUGUGUCCACGUCAGCGAUCACUGGAACGAUGUCAGCUGCACGUACCAUUAUAAAGGGUUCUGUAAGAAGGUCUUCCCUUGAGCAGAAGAAUACUAUCACUGCCUUGCCAGAUUGGGCCACGGGACCCUCUAACCCGCCAUUCCGCCUCCAAAAAGUAGCCAGCCAAAUGCCUCCGGAAGCUCACAACCAGGUGCCAGACCAUAGCAGACCUCACCCGAUGACUGCUGAGUUUUCUUAGGUGCCUUUGGCAACAGAUUUUGUUAAAACGCUUUUUUCAAAACGCACAACAUCUGCAUCUGCUGAAUUCUUCCCUCCCCAAGUCGACAUGUGGGUUGACAUCCCAAAAUAAUGUUAAGGCGUUGACGAGGCAAGGUUUGCCAGGGCAGAAGUCAGGUAGAUGCUUCCUCAGCAAAGUGUGUUCUUCCAUAUGUUUAACGAUCCUACCUUCAACUAUCUUCACCUGGGUCAGACAUUUGGCUGAUGGGUCUUCUCAUUUCCUGGCCUCUCAAACCACCCACCACCCCCACCCCCUUUUCAAUUUGGGGUUGAUACUUUCAACAGGGGUCCCCUAUCUUUUUGGAACCCCCAGGAGCCUUUGUGAAUGUGAGAAACCGUUGUGGGCACCACCACAAAAUGGUUG